AGUUGAUUGAUUCGCGCGAGCGUUCAUGAGCGUCUUUAACGGACACGGUGUUAGCUUCUUGGCUAACAGUUUCUUCUCAGGUUUUUACGAAUUAGACACAUUAAAAGUUAUAUUUAGACACUUUAAUUCAAGCAAGCAGUUGUUUAGUUUAGCUAGAAAUAAAAGAGGUGGUGAUAUUUAACAGCGAGGACAUGACCAAUGUUGUGAAAAAACGAGGGAAAACAAAGCAGGAGACUGCUGAGUGGGACAGCUUAUUCCAUCAGGAGCUGAGAAGCCAGGAGCAGUCGCUGGUGUUUGUUAAGCGAAUGCUGGUCCUAGCCGUGUCCUCUAUAACAUACCUGCGUGGGAUCUUUCCAGAAAACGCGUAUCGAUCCCGCUACUUAGAAGAUUUAUGCAUCAAGGUUCUUAAAGAGGAUUGCACCUCUCCAGGAGCCUGCAAAAUUGUCAAGUGGUUGAUGGGGUGUUUUGAUGCUUUGGAGAAGAGAUACCUGCAGAUCGUGCUUAUCGGCGUACACAGAGACCCAGAUGACACAAAUCAUGUCAUAGAGUCUUACCAGUUCAAGUUCAAAUACAUAGACAAUGGGCCUCAGAUGGACAUUCUCAGAAACGAGAACAUUGAGAUGAGCGUGACUAUGGAGAACACUAAGAAGGCCUCGGUUCUGUUGAUCAGGAAGCUUUUCCUCCUCAUGCAGAAUCUGGAUUCUCUGCCCGACGGCGUCCAUCUCACCAUGAAGCUCUACUACUAUGACGACGUGACCCCAUCAGAAUACGAGCCGCCUGGUUUUAAGGAGGGAAUGUGCGACAGCCUGUGGUUCGAGGGCACAGCGGUGCACUUCAGAGUGGGAGAUUUGCAAACUCCCUUCCACGUGCUGAAGGUCGGAGUGGCAGCUGAGCAGGGCCGUGUGAGUAAACUGCAGGAAGGCGAGCACAUGAGAGAGAGCGUCCAGGACUCCAUGCAAGAGGUGCCUGGACAGUGCAGGGAGGAGGAUCUGCCAUCCGAGGACGAAUCAGCUGCGCAGUUCAAGCAACCCACUAAAGCGACAGCAAAGAGACGAGGCAACAAACUGGCGAAGAGACGGAGGAAAGAACCAUAAACGCAAUCUGUAGCGGUUUGUUUGGACUGAGGUUGUGUUGUGUGUUUUUUUGCAGUAUCCUUGUAUUUAUUUGUGGUUUCUUUUUAAGGCCAGAGUGAAACAUUCCGAGUUAUUUAGCUGUUGGAACUUUUGUUUUGCUGUUCAAAUGUUCGAAGGCUGCAAUUCAAUAAAAGCCUAGAAAGAGCGAAACAAAUGCACAGUUCACAAAA